AUGGCCGCCCGCAUCAGCUUCGCCCUCUUGGUUCUUUUCGUCCUCCAGGCGACGUCCGCCCUCGCCGCCGUCUUCUCGUGCGUCGGCGGCACGGUCUUCAUCAUCGCGCACCCGGACGACGACCUGUUGUUCCAGGCGCCCGACCUCCAGACCGACGUCGCGAGCGGCGCCUGCAUCACGACCGUCAUCCUCACCGCCGGCGACUCGGGCACGUCCGGCUCGAGCUACGUCCUGAGCCGCGAGCAGGGCAACGGCGCCGCGUACGCCCAGAUGACGGGCGUCGGCAACACGUGGACCGAGUUCACGACCUCGUUCGGCGGGCAGCAGGUCCUCGUCACGACGCUCGUCGGCGCGCCCCAGAUCCAGCGCGUCCACUUCCGCCUCCCCGACGGCAACAUGGACGGUUCCGGCUUCCCGUCGACGGGCUACCAGUCGCUGCGCAACCUCUACUUUGGGUCGAUCUCGUCCAUCCGCAACCAGCCCGGCACGGCCACGUUCACCUUGUCGACGCUCAAGGCCGCCCUCGCCGAGAUCCUGACGGCCCGUCAGCCGUCGUGGGUCCGCACGCUCGACAACCUGUCCGACUUUGACGCCGGCGACCACGCCGACCACCUCGCGUCGGCCCGCAUCGCGACCGACGUCGCGAGCCAGUUCUCGAACGCGUCGACGGCUGGCUACAUGGGCUACCCUGCUCAGAACUUUGCGCCGACGAUGGGCCUCGACGACGGCUCGUUCAUCGCCAAGUGCAACGCCUUCUUCGCCUAUACGCCGUACGACAGCGCCGAGUGCCAGUCGCUGUCGGAGUGCUGGAGCGCCGGGCGCGGCGAGGUGUACUGGCUCCUGCGGCAGUACAUCGUCAGCGAGGACCUCGCCGAGCAGUCGUACAUCGGCUCUGCCGAGAUGCCCGUCGUCCUGCCCGAGGACCUCGACAACGUCGCGCCGCUCGGCCAGGUGUUUGCCUCGAGCGCGUCGGGGAUGACGGUCACGAGCGUGUCGCCCUCGACGGGCUCGGCCGGCCUCGCCGAGUUCAAGGCGUUCGGCGAGCUGUGCUCUGGCUGCACGCCGGGCAGCUCGAUCGACGACGGCGCGACGACGACGACGACGAGCUCGGGCGUCGUGUCGGGCAACGGCGCGUACGCCGACCUCGCCCUGUCGGCGCACGCCUUUGCGUCGUCGAGCUUUGCUCAGCAGGGCGCCGACCGCGCCGUCGACGGCGUCAUCAGCGGCUAUCCGCUCAACUCGUCGGCCGAGUGGGCGUCGUACAACGAGCGCACGCCCUGGAUCAACCUGACGUGGGACGCCUACUACAUGGUCGCCCAGGUCUCGCUGUACGACCGGCCCAACCUCGUCGACCAGAUCACGGGCGCGGUCCUCGUGUUUGACGACGGCUCGUUCGUCAGCACGGGCGCGCUGUACAACGACGGCUCGGCGACCAACAUCUCGGUCCCGGGCAUCGUCACGACCUCGAUCAAGAUGCGCGUGACGUCCGUCUCGCCGUCGACGGCGGCGUGUGGCCUGUCCGAGUUUGCCGUGUACGGCUCG